AUGGGUCAGGGCCAGAGCGGUCUCCCUCGCCAGACGCGCGAGGAAGCUGCCAAGAAAAAGGAAGAUGCGGCUAAGCAAAAGAAAAAAAAGUUUGAGCCCCGUGGAGGUGCCAUGACACGCAAACGCCGCAAGAAAAAAGGCCCAUCCGCCGCCGUGCGCAUUCCGACCGUGUACCCAACGGCGAAAUGCAAGCUGCGCCUUCUUAAAAUGGAACGAAUUAAAGACUUUUUGCUGAUGGAACAAGAAUUUAUCCAGAACCAAGAGGUUAUGAAGCCUAAGCAGGAAAAAGACGAAGAGGAACGUUCCAAGGUGGACGAUUUACGUGGCACACCUAUGGGUGUUGGCACGCUCGAGGAGAUGAUCGACGACAAUCAUGCCAUUGUGUCCUCAUCAGUAGGUCCUGAAUAUUAUGUGGGUGUCAUGUCGUUUGUGAAUCAGGAUAUGCUCGAGCCUGGGUGCUCGGUAUUGCUGCACAAUAAGGUCAUGUCGGUUGUAGGUAUCCUGGCGGACGAUGCGGACCCCAUGGUGAGUGUUAUGAAGGUGGACAAAGCGCCUCUUGAAUCGUAUGCCGAUAUUGGUGGACUUGAGUCACAAAUUCAGGAGAUCAAAGAGGCAGUAGAGUUACCACUUACACACCCAGAGCUGUAUGAAGGCAUCGGUAUCCGUCCGCCUAAAGGAGUUAUUCUAUAUGGUGAGCCAGGUACAGGCAAAACGUUGCUGGCAAAAGCUGUGGCCAACCAGACAUCAGCGACAUUUCUUCGUAUUGUCGGAUCCGAGCUCAUUCAAAAGUAUCUUGGCGACGGGCCGAAGCUUGUUCGAGAAAUGUUCCGUGUCGCAGACGAUCACGCGCCCUCUAUAGUAUUCAUCGAUGAAAUUGAUGCUGUCGGAAGCAAGCGUUACGACUCAAGCAGCGGGGGUACUCGCGAAAUUCAGCGUACGAUGCUUGAGUUGCUGAAUCAACUGGAUGGAUUUGAUGAGCGUGGUGACGUAAAAGUUAUUAUGGCUACAAAUGCCAUCGAAAGUCUUGACCCCGCUCUGAUUCGUCCUGGACGUAUUGACAGAAAGAUUGAGUUUCCGCUACCAGACAUAAAGACCAAGCGUCGUAUUUUCGGCAUCCACACUGGUCGCAUGAGUCUAGCAGAAGAUGUGGAUCUAGAAGAGUUUGUCAUGUCUAAGGACGAGCUUUCUGGAGCUGACAUUAAGGCUGUUUGCACGGAAGCUGGUUUGCUUGCUUUACGCGAGCGCCGUAUGCGUGUAACACAAUCAGACUUUCGGAAGGCGAAGGAGAAAGCGCUGUACAAGAAAAAGGCGAACAUUCCUGAAGGCCUCUACCUGGUACUACGUGACACCUCAAAUUUGGACGCUGAUCUAACACUUCCAUUAGAUUCGAUUUUUUACCUUCCUGGCAAACCAGGCAGCCAAGAUAUGACGGUAAAACUGGAUCUGGCUGCUAUGAUAUUUGCGUCUGUAUACCUGGACGUAACGCAAAGCAACGGUCUUUUAAAUACUCCACAGGUCUUUUUGGUGGCAUUUGAGCUCAUCGUCACAAGCCUCACAUCAAAUCGAUUUGCCAAGUUCACGAGAUUAAUUCGUUGCGUCUCCAGCAAGACUGAACGCCUUUUAGCUAUGGGAGUUUUCAUGGCCUUGUUAGUGAUCGCGUCGAGAACAGACAGUGCACUGCUAGUCGGGUCGUCAAAGCCAUGGCGUCGCCAGUUGUAUAUGGCGUUGGCCCACUUCAUCAUACUUUUUGAAGUGACUGCGGCGAAAUAG